ACAGCUACAUGUGUUACUCCCACAGAAGUCAUGCACAGGAAAACCAAGAGCAUUUGCUACAUCAAGAACAAUAGUUUGGCAGUUAGUGUGCUCUGAGGCUUUCAGGAGACAAGUUUAACUACGCACGCUAAAUCAUCUUGUUGUUAACAGAGGAAUCAUUUAGGACCUAAAGCUUGAGGACUUGUGCUGUUUUGAAGUGUGGAUUUACUAUAUUGUACAUGACAAACUAAUGAUCAUGUCAAUCCCAGAGGAGGAUCUUACAUGUCCAAUAUGCUGUGACAUCUUUAAGGACCCUGUUUUACUGUCAUGUAGCCACAGCUUCUGCAGGAGCUGUCUGAAGGGCUGUUGGGACAAAUGGUUACGUACGUGUCCAGUAUGCAGGAAAAGAGUCUCCAAGUCCAGUGCUCCCUCCAAUUUGGCUCUGAAAAAUGUAUGUGAAGCUCAUUUGCAGGUCAGGAGGCAGAGUUCAGUGCUGGAGGAUGAGAAGAGUAACUGUAACCUGCAUGUGGAGAAGUUGAAACUCUUCUGUCUGGUUGACAAACAGCCCAUCUGUGUGGUGUGUCAAUCUUCCAAACUGCACAAGACUCACGAAUGCUUACCAAUAGAGGAGGCACUGCAGGACUGCAAGGAUGAACUUGCUUUAACUCUCAAGAGCUUGCAAGAUAAACUGGACAGCCUUGAAAGAAUUCACACAACCUCUGCAAACAUGAUCACGUACAUUGAGUGUCAAGCGGAGGAAACACAGAGAUUGAUCAAGAGCCAAUUCAAGCAGCUCCAUGAAGUCCUCCACCAAGAAGAGUCAGCCAGAAUAGCAGCUGUGGAGAAAGAAGUAGACGAGAAGAUUGCAGCAAUAAAGGAUAGGGAUAAAGAACUUUCAGCAGAAGAGCUGUCCCUCACAGAGACCAUCUCAGUCAUACAGGAGCAGCUGAAAGAAGAUGAUAUGGUCUUGUUGAAGAAUUUCAAAGACACCCAGGACAGAGGGAAAAGCAUAGAGCUCGGUUCAGACAGCAUGUCCGGGUUACUGAUUGAUGUGACAAAGCAUCUCGGCAACCUCAAGUAUAGAGUCUGGGAGAAAAUGCUGGACCAUAUUGACUAUACUCCUGUGACUUUGGAUCUAAACACAGCACAUCCCUGCCUCAUCCUGUCGGGCGACCUCACUUCCCUCCGCUAUUCAAAGCAGCCAAGCUAUUGCCCUGACAACCCAGAGCGCUUCCACAUCAGCCCUGAAGUUGUAGGCAUGACUGCGCUGGGAUCAGGAAGUCACCACUGGGUUGUGGAAACAGGAAGUAAUCAGGAUUGGCUCCUGGGUGUGGCCUCUUUGUCUGUGCCCAGGGACGCUGAGAUCUCCGCUCGGCCCGAGAACGGCUUCUGGACUUUGUGUUUCAGGGACGGAGAGUUCAGGGCGAUGACCUUGCCACCCACCACACUGACAAUCACGAAAAGGCCCAAACAAGUCAAAGUGCAGCUGGAUUACAACAGAGGGACGGUGUCUUUUUUUGACCCUGAUGAUGACACACUCAUUUAUGCAUUUACAGACACAUUCACUGAAACUUUACUUCCAUAUUUUUAUACACACAGCAGUCAUCCAUUGAGAGUAAUGCCAGAGAAGGUACUUGUCACAAUGUUGCGUCAAUAACUGGAUAAAUUCUUUGUUAAUUAGGUAAUAAAAAUAGAAUCCCAGUCCCGUUUUAAUGGAUGAGCCAAAAAAUUAAAAGUUGUGAUUGGUGUACUGACGGCCUAUAAUGUAAAAUUUCUCUCAGAGAGCAUGCAAAGUAUUCAUCCAAGUACUUUUGUUUCUCUAAACGUAUUUCCCCACAAUGUAGAGCAGUUCCUUUAACAACAUUGUUCCCUGAAUAAACCGUUAACUAUUCUGUGUAGUGCAGGUGGCUCUUCCAAUCAUUGUUUCUGUCAAGCUGCAUAAAAUGCUACAUUAUGAAGUGCUCUUACUUUUAAAACCAAUUGUUGAGUUAAGUUAGUAUAAUAUUCAGGGAUGGUGUAUAAAUUGCUAAUGUAAGUGGCUAAAUAUGACUUGCUCUUUAUGGUUGAAGAGGGGGAGAGCACAUUUGCAUUUGGUGAAAAUGUUUAAAUAAAUAUCAAGAAGUUUUAGGAUUGUA